UCAGGUUUACUUUCAUUUCAGUUCCAUUGAAAGUGGGAAAGCAGGGAAAUGCAGGAGGAAGCUCUGUGAUAUAAAUGUGCAGUGUUUAUUCUUUCCUCUGAAGUCAGGAGCUGGGUGAAGGAGUGCAGAAUGGGAAACCUUAUUGGGACCAACCGGGCUGUGGAUCCAGCUUCAGGACAGUCUGGCCACAGCAUCUGUGAGACACACGUCACAGUCAUAUCACCAUCAUAUCAGCAGCAUCACAUAAAACUGGUACCUUUCGCUAUAGUUUCAGUAUCUAGCCUGGGCCCGGCUGGCAGUGCACCCAACCCUUACAUCCUGUCCUUUAUAACGCAGAGGGAAACUGGAAACAUUACGGCCACCGCUCAGGAUGGGAGUGUUGUCAGCAUGCCUCAGUUUACUGGUGUUCGUGCAAAGAAGAUAACUUUCAAUAUCAACAACACAAAUGGCCUACGGACAGAUGAGACUGUUGCUGUUCCUCCCAGAACCAAAGAAAGAAUCCAGAGGUGCCAAGCUGAACUAAAAUCUUACCUUCAAAAUACAACAAAGAAUCUGUGUCAAGGAACAAUGGAGGAUGGAUCGACUCCCUUAAACAAGAUCUACACGGAGCUUUACAUCACAGAGGGAGGCAGUGGGGAGGUUAAUAAUGAACACGAAGUGAUCGAAUCAGAAUGUGACAGGGGCACAGGUGAGGAGAAGAAAAUUCUCCUCAAAGACACUUUUGAACCUUUUUCAAACGAAGAGCAGCGUCCUCAGAGGGUCCUGACGAAGGGAAUCGCUGGAAUUGGAAAAACAGUCGCUGUGCAGAAAUUCAUUUAUGACUGGGCACAAGAAAAAACCAACCAAACCAUCCAGUUCAUAGUUCCAUUCACAUUCAGAGACUUGAAUUUGAUCAAAGACAAGCGUUUCAGUCUCAUGGACUUAAUAGGUUACUAUUUUAAGGAAAUGAAGGAUUUGGAAACAUCAGACAUCAGUUCCAGCAUUUUGUUCAUCUUUGACGGCCUGGACGAAAGCAGAUUCCCUCUGGACUUCAAGAACAAUGAGCUAUGCCGCAGUGUCAGUCAGGCUGCAACAGUCGACACACUACUAACCAAUUUAAUCGAAGGGAAACUGCUGCACCAAGCCUUGGUCUGGAUCACAAGUAGACCAGCCGCAGCCAAUAAGAUUCCCCCCGAGUUCAUCGACAGAGUGACUGAGGUACGAGGCUUUAAUGAUGAGCACAAGAAGGAGUACUUUCAGAAGACAAUUGGUGACGAGGAGAUGGCUCAGAAGAUCUUCAGUCAUCUUCAGUCAAAGCCUUUGAGAAGCCUGUACAUCAUGUGCCACAUGCCCUUGUUCUGUUGGAUUUCAGCCACAGCUCUCCAGAGCCUCCUCACAGAUACUCAGGAAAAUGAGCUGCCCAAGACGCUGACUGAAAUGUACACACACUUCCUGAUCAUCCAGACAAAGCGGAAACAGCAGAAGGAUUAUCAGGAAGGUGAAACAGACAAAGAAGCGAUCAUGAAAUUGGGAAAGCUGGCAUUUGAACAGCUACAGAAGGGCAACAUGAUCUUCCACGAAGAUGAACUGAACGAACGUCAGAUUGAUCUGAAACAAGCUGCAGUUUAUUCAGGGGUUUGUACGCAGAUCAUCAGAAAAGAAUGUGGCCUUCACAGACGGGAGAGUUACUCUUUUGUACAUUUAAGUGUUCAGGAGUAUCUUGCAGCUCUGUAUGUGUUGGAGACCUUCAUCAAUAGAGGAGAGAGUCUGCUUCCCAGCCAGCGAAGCAAGAAAGCGGCGUCAGUGAAAGGAGAAAUCGCCAUCACUGUCCUCCACACAGAUGUGAUAAAGAAGGCUUUGGACAGUGAUUAUGGACAAUGGGACUUGUUUCUGCGCUUCCUGCUCGGUCUGUCACAGGAAAAAAAUCAGAAACUUCUUCAGCGGCGGUUCGGAUUUGAAGGAAAACGUCUGGAGGACAGCCAGAAGACAAUUCAGUUCAUUCACAACAAGAUCAAGAGGCUGUCUUACACCGACCAGAGUAUCAAUCUGUUCCACUGCUUAAAUGAGUUGGGUGACCAGUCUCUGGUAGACCAAGUCCAAAAGUACUAUAGCUCAGGAGAUGUUGGAAAAAUUUCUCCUGCACAUUGGUCAGCUUUGGCCUAUGUGCUGCUCAUCUCUAAUGAAGACCUGACCGUCUUUGACCUGAAGAAAUACUACAGGUCAGAUGAAGUUCUGGAGAGGCUGGUACCAGUGCUCAAUGCAUCAACGACAGCUUUGUUAAGUGACUGUAACCUCACUGGCAGAUGCUGCAAUUAUAUUUCAUCAGUCCUCAGCGUGAAGUCUUCUGGUCUUGAAGAGUUAGACCUGAGCAGAAAUGACCUGCAGGAUUCUGGAAUGGACCUGCAGGACUCUGGAAUGGACCUGCUCUCUGCCGGCCUAAAAAGUCCCAACUGCAAACUCCAAAGACUCAGGCUGAAUUACUGCAACCUGUCAGAGAGAAGCUGUGAAGCUCUGGCCUCAGUCCUCAGCUCUCAGUCCUGUUCUCUGAGAGAGCUGGAUCUGAGAAACAAUGACCUGAAGGAUUCAGGGGUGAAGUUGCUGUCUGCUGGACUGCAGAGUCUGCACUGUGCACUGGAAACUCUCAGGUUGUCGGGCUGUCAGGUCACAGAGGCAGGUUGUGCUUCUCUGGCCUCAGCUUUGAGCUCCAACCCCUCUCAUCUGAGAGAGCUGGACCUGGGCUACAACCAUCCAGGAGACUCAGGGGUGAAGCUGCUGUCUGCUGGACUGAAGGAUACACACUGCGGACUGGACACUCUCAGACUGAAUGGCUGCAACCUGUCAGAGAGAAGCUGUGAAGCCCUGGCCUCAGUCCUCAGCUCUCAGUCCUGUUCUCUGAGAGAGCUGGAUCUGAGAAACAAUGACCUGAAAGAUUCAGGGGUGAAGCUGCUGUCUGCUGGACUGCAGAGUCCACACUGUGAACUGCAAACUCUCAGGUUGUCGGGUUGUCAGGUCACAGAGGCAGGUUGGGCUUUUCUGGCUUCAGCUCUGAGAUCCAACCCCUCCCAUCUGAGAGAGCUGGACCUGAGCUACAACCAUCCAGGAGACUCAGGGGUGAUGCUGCUGUCCACUGGACUGGAGGAUCCGCACUUCGGACUGGACACUCUCAGGGUGGAACAUGGUGGAGAGCAGAGGCUGAGACCUGGUCUGAGGAAGUAUGCCUGUGAACUCACGCUGGAUAGAAACUCAGCUCACAGAAACCUCAUGUUGUCUGUCGACAACAGAAAGGUGGCGCCAGUGAGACAGAAGCAGCCAUGUCUUUAUCACCCACAGAGGUUUGAGCACUGGCAUCAGCUGCUGUGUGUGUGUAAUGGUCUGACUGGUCACGGUUACUGGGAGGUCGAGUGGGAAGGUAAAGUUAACAUAGCAGUGACUUACGGAGGAAUCAAAAGGAAAGGGCGCCGUUUUGACAGCAAGUUUGGCGAGACGGAUCAGUCCUGGAUUCUGAGCUGCUCAGAUAAGGAUUGCUUCGUCUUGCACAAUAAGAAAACAAGAGUCCUCCCUCCCUCCUCUGUCUCUCACAGAGUAGCAGUGUCUGUGGACUGUCCUGCCGGCACUCUGUCCUUCUACAGUGUCUCCUCUGACUCACUGACCCACCUCCACACCUUCCACACCGAAUUCACUGAACCUCUUUACCCCGGGUUCUGGCUUGGACCUGACUCCUCAGUGUCUCUGUGCUAAAGUCCUAUUGCAGAUUUUAUUUAGAUUUAAUAGAUUGUGAUAUUGGCUGCUGAGCCACCUUUGCUUUGGACUCAAUCUGUAAUCCGGAUACUGCACUAUAUUGUUUUAUUUCCUCCAUCACUGGCUCUGCCCAGCAGUCUGCCUCCACCCUGGCCAAGCACACUCUGCAACACCACCCUGACUGAUAACUAGUGGUAGGGUAAAGCUUUCUGAAGCACUGAAAUGCUACGAGGCAAUCCGUCAAAAUGGUGACAUCUGCUGUCAGAUCUGUGGUACUGCAUUUGUAUGGAUGAAACGGAUUUUUGCUUUUGUUAUUUUUACUUUGUUCAGUAAAACUUGAAUUGUGAAAAUAACACCUGUCUGAUACGAGUGCCAUGUAACUUCUGCUUUGAAAGGUCGAUGCUGCAUCAGGUGGUCUGCUUCGAACGUUUACCCCCACCCCCCCAACUUUUCAGACAAGCUCAGAUCAGAGACGGUGCAGCUGGACGUGAUGGAUGCCUCUGAACAUGACACUUCUUUUUAAAU